GAAUCAUCAGAGCACUCAAAAGAUCUCUGUGCAUUUACCCGGAUAUUUAUAACAGUGCUUAACACCAAGGCUUAACAAAAACAGGAGUUUCUGGAUCUCCUGUCCCCACAACCAGCCUGGUCAAGGCUAUGAUCUUUUGACUAUUGCAACAUCAUUACAAUGGGUCACUCAGUUUUGCAGAGGGGAACAGAUUAAAGCACUCUGACUCUGUGGAGAUCUCCUAGUUCUUCAGACAACAGACUUAUCAACCACGGCGCUGGAAAGAACACUCACUCCUGCUUUAGCUUCUGCUGUCAAACACACCCCAGGGCUCUAGGUUUCUCGUGUGCAAAUAUUUUUCUGGCAUAAUACACUUCCCAGUGGGAAGCUUUGAAGUCUUACACACCAAUGGACAUCAAAUGGAUUUGUGCUGUCACCAUAAUCCUAGCCUGGUUCUGCAGAGCUUCCUCGGCACACCACACAUCAGUUGAACCUCCCCGCAAUCUUCAGAUAAUUGACCCUGGACUUUUAGGCCAUCUCUAUAUAGAAUGGCAGCCUCCACCUUCCCUGCUAACCCUUGAUCAGUGUACAAUAAAAUAUAAAUUAAAAUACCGUAGCACGGGCGAUGCGGAUUGGAAGGUUGUUUUUACUAAGAAAUUAAAAUAUGGCGAUGGAUUUGAUCUCAGCAAGAGAACUGAAGCGAAGGUCCAGACGCUGCUAGAAGGACGUUGUACGAAUGAAUCUGAAGUGAAGAGUGACUGGACUCACACUACCUUCCAGCUGCCGUCACAAGGAGAGCUGGAGUCACAGAUCCGAGACUUCCACUGUGUCUAUUACAAUUGGGAGCACCUCACAUGCACUUGGCAGCUGGGCCAACUAGCUCCUCCUGGGGCGCGUUAUGAGUUAUAUUAUUGGUACGAAGGGCUGGAUCACGCAGUGCAAUGUAGUGACUAUAUUCAGACUCAUGGAAGAAAUACUGGAUGCAAUUUGCAAAACCUGAGGCAGGCAGAAUAUAUUGAUUUCAACGUCUGUGUUAAUGGUUCUUCAGAGUCCACACAGCUGAGACCUUCCUACUUCACAUUUCGUCUUCAGAACCUAGUCAAACCUUCUCCGCCUGAGAAGCUGUCGGUUUCCAUUUCUGCCUAUGAGGAAGUUCAUGUGGAGUGGAGCCCUCCUGCUGGGGGUACCCCCCCGCACUGCCUGGACUACGAGGUGCAGCUGACAGAGCAUGAUGGCGAAGCUGAUGCUCCCUGGACGGCUGUCUCAACCCAAGUGGAAACCACCUUUACCUUCUCCCAGGCCAAUCGCAGCCGCGCCACAUGCGUCCGCGUACGAGGGAAAACAAACAUGUUCUGCGCCAACAAGGGCUUUUGGAGUGAAUGGACACGGAAAUGUUUCUACGUGUCCAGAAAAGAUGAAAAGCAGCUGUUCAUCCUCAUUGCAGUAGUCUUAAGUUUUCUGACUGUCAUCAUCAUAUUUAUAUUUACUGCACAGCACAAGAAAAGAACAAAUGGAGAGAAAAAUAUAUCACCUACAGCUCUAUAUUUGGAAUAAUUCCUAAACAAAAUGAUUUCCAGAGAUGCCCUUUGAGAUGUCAGCGGAACUUGCGGCUGCAUUAUGCACGUUAUCGAUGUCCAUAAUAAAGACCCAUGCCAAUUUC